AUGGGGAAGUCCAAGUUCAACAAGAUGGCAUGUGCCAAUGUGUUCUCCUCUGAUCCGCAGCCACAAGCCGACCUGACGGCCACCUGUAGUGGCUUCAAGGAAGGCUCAGAGCGCGCUGAGGACGUGCACAGCACCGAUACAGGUGCAGUAUUCGGGGCACAUGCCCCUGGUCAGUGGGAGGAGAAGCCAAGAGGUGAUACGGAGACAAUGGAGCCCGCAGAGACAGGAUCGUCGCUGAGCCCGGCAAGUCAGUGGACUGAAUCCGGACAACGAGGUGAUUCAGAUGGCAACCUAGAAGCGAUCCUUUUGAGUCUCUUGCGCCAGUCAGAGAUGGAGGAGUCCCUGGCCGAGAAGGGAAGCACGGAGGCCAACGAAGCACCCACGCGGGCUUCGACGGACGCAGCAGAAAUUGAGAUGGAUUCAUCACCAGAGCCCGACAGCAAGGAGGACUUCGAGGAGGACGAGGAGGAGGAGGUUGAGCAGGAGGAGCCUUACAGUCCAGAGUUUGAUCCGGACUCUGGCUUUGAGGUCGCCUUCCAGGCAGGUGCGGCCCCGCCAACGCUGCCUUUUGCCAACGUUGGACCCGAAGAGUCGGAGCUUUCUUUUGGCAUCGAGUCUCUGCCCAUGGUCGAGCAGUCAGUCUACGCUUUGCAGCCGGCGCAGAGCACUCCGCCAUCCAUGCCGCAGCUCACGCCGCACUCAAGCCUUUCAAGCAAGCCCGAGUGCCGCAAACUCAAGAACUCGAAGUCCGAAGUCCAUCAUUGA